UCCCGCGAUCUGAGGCCAGAUUUCAAACUGAAUGGAAGUAAACAAAGGGUCGGUUCGUCCAACGGGAUUUGAACGUGGGUUGAGCCAUCCCAUUUCGAAUCUUUGGAUCCUGCGAAGUCAGGAAUUAGGAUCGCUUAUAAACGAGCCGUGCUUAGGCCGUCAUCGUCAUGGUCAACAAGUGCGCCGCUGUUGGAUGUCGUAGUGGAUAUGCGCUCAAGAAGGCUGAGAGCCUGGCGAGCCCCACUUCAGACCCACCCGCAGACCAGGAAUCGAGGUAUCCGCCAUCGAGCAUCAGCUUUCACAGUUUUCCAAAAGAUGAGAUUCUACGCAAUAAGUGGAUUCGGGCUUUGUCCAGAGAGCACUAGUCUCCAAGUGAUUGUUCAAGAGUUUGUUCUAGGCAUUUUCUUGAGAGUGAUUUUGAGACCGAACGCUCUGACCAAGACCAAUGGCGAGUGAAAAAACUGACCCAAAAGAACCGGGGCCAAUUGCAAUUACGCCGAUUAAAACCCGAGAUCGCGCCCAGCAUUUUUCCCGAGUGUCCCUCGUACAUGAGCCAGAGGGUGCCCCCUCCACGGCCACGAGCUACUCCCCCAUCCACGGUCAGUCAUCGUUUUCAUCGUCAACAGGAGGCGCAAGACAAACUUGAAGCGGAUUAUUUCGAACGCCAACGCAUCACAAAUCUCGGGGAUUUGCACGUUAAAAUGAAACAAGAGAUCAUCUCAGAUGAUUACUUGAUCGUCAGUUACGACCCUGGUAAUUUGGUAUUCAUGUCACUGGUUAUUGAUGAUCCAGACCGAGGACCGUGGAUUCGAAAGAGUUGCCACAUCAGACAAGACCUUUCCUUCACCCUUUAUUGCCUCGGCACGUUGGUUUCUAAAACAGAAGUUCAGCACCUUUUAUCAAGUUCGGGCAAGUUUGCGAUGGUGGAUGAAGUUCUGAACGUCUUGGUCUGUUUGAACAAUUUUGCAGAGUCAAAAUCGCGCAAGACAUUAACUGUUUUGGAACAUGUUGAAAAACUCAAGGCUUUGGGUGAAGAUGAUUCCGUGGUUUCUAAAGAAGGCUUCAAUUUUGCCCUUGACCAACUCCAGCUUUCUGUCAAGCAGCCUCGCCAACGGCGAUAUUCUCCAGCAUUCUUGGCUGCAUCAAUGCUUUGGCAAAACACAAGUCCCGCUCUGUAUCGGCUUCUCUGCCAGGACCUUU